UUUCAAAUCAUAAUGUUAAUUCCAACAGAAUAAUUCGGUAUAGUCGAGAAAAAGGGGCUAUAUUUGGAUCUAAUCACUUCGAUCCGUUGGCAAAUGAUUUUUUCUUUACUGACAUGGCAAAAAAGAAAAAAAUGAUAGAAAUAAAAAAGAAAAUAAAAGAAUCCAACGAAUAUACAGAUACCUCAUUAACUACACGGAAAACUAAGACACCUACAACAGUUAUAACAAUAAUACCUACAACAACAACAACACCUACAACAACUACAGCUCGUACAACAACAACAACACAUACAAUAAUAACCUCUACAACUACAGUUCGUACAUCAACAACACCUACAACAACAACAACGCCUACAACAACAUCACCUACAACCUCAACGCCUACAACAAUAUCACCUAUAACAACUGUAAUUAUUACUACAGAACCUUUAACAAAAAUUACGAAAGAUGGUAUAACAACAACUAUACCACUAAUAACAUCAACACCUGCACCACUACUAUUAGGAAUUUUGGCUAAAGAUAAUUUGUAUAUGGACAACAUAAAAAAUGUUUUAGAGCCACGAACUACUUUUACAGUUAACUGGCAAACGAGAACAAUUAAGAGCUUCCGUAAAGUGAUGCUUUGAAUAAUAUCAAUAAUGAAGGAAAGUGAAGCAUUUCUACAAAAACCAAUAAAUCUUAUUACAACU